CUGCGUUCUAAAAAACUUUAUUUACACUCAACCUCAAGAACAACGCGUCUUUUCAAAACAAACGAUAUUAGUAAACUUGGCACAAAAGAUCCAUUCUUCAGGGCGACUGAACAUCAUCCACUUACUGUAAAGGGGUUGAAUCUAUAUAAGAAAAAAGAGGCUAUCGUAGCAUCUUUUGGAAUAUCACAGAUUCCGAGGGGCCGAUGGCAUCAGAGGAGAUGGAGGGUUUGUGCCCAUUGCCAGAGGUGACGGGCAUCAAGGUGGAGCCAUCCGUCAGCAUUGGAUCAGCAGACGAUAGCAACUCACAGAAUGCCAUGGGCAUUAAGUUUAUAUUACCCAAUCGCUUUGACAUGAACGUGUGUUCGCGCUUUGUGAAGUCACUGAAUGAGGAAGAUAGUAAAAAUAUCCAGGACCAGGUGAACUCUGAUCUGGAGGUGGCCUCUGUGUUAUUUAAAGCGGAGUGUAAUAUUCAAACAUCUCCCUCACCUGGAAUUCAGGUUAGGCAUGUGUACACACCAUCCACCACCAAACACUUCUCUCCGAUAAAGCAGUCGACCACGCUAACCAACAAACACCGUGGAAAUGAGGUCUCAUCCACACCGCUGCUCGUUCACUCACUGUCUAUACAUCAGUUGGCAGCACAAGGAGAGAUGGUGUUCUUAGCCAGUCGAAUAGAACAAGAGUCUGUAAUAAACCUGCAGGAUGAAGAGGGAUUCACCCCACUGAUGUGGGCAGCAGCUCAUGGACAGAUCGCUGUAGUGGAGUUCUUGUUACAGAGUGGUGCAGAUCCUAAUCUCUUGGCCAAGGGAAGAGAGAGUGCACUGUCACUGGCCUGCAGUAAAGGGUACACAGAUAUUAUCAGAAUGCUUAUCGACUGUGGAGUUGACGUCAAUGAGUAUGAUUGGAAUGGUGGCGCGCCAUUACUCUAUGCAGUGCAUGGUAAUCAUGUUCGCUGUGUGGAAAUCCUCUUAGAGAGUGGAGCUGACCCAACCAUGGAGUCUGACUCUGGGUUCAAUGCGAUGGACAUGGCUGUGGCAAUGGGACACCGAAAUGUCCAACAGGUCUUGGAGGCUCAUCUUCUGAAGCUUCUGCAAGGAAUCAAAGAAUAACCGUAGCAACUACAAGAAGUACAGUGAAUAUUUAAGUGUUGUCAGUGUUUGGUAUGAUGACAUGGACAAUACCAUUUGAAGUUUGCAGAACAUACUUUAUAUGAAGUUGGCACUUUUUAUCCACUGUAGAAAGUGCAAAUGCACAGAUCAAAAAUGGAUGGCACAUGAUGACAUCGGAACUUCAGCAUUUUUAAUCUACUGAUAUAUAUGUGGUUUUUAUUCCGUGUGAUGUGUUUUUAGGUCCUCUUUAACCACUUUCAAUGUGUACUUGAAAAUAUAUUUUGCCGUUUAAUGCAAAAAUAAGCUGCUUCACUUUACAUUAAACUUGAAUGGUUCAUAAAACAAAGUAAAUCUAAAUAUGGGUACUUUAGAAUCAAGUGGAAAAGAACAUUGUGAAAUCUAGGUUUACAGUAACAAUAUACAUUUUUCCCUUUUCAUGUAAGUUUUGUGCUACAACACUGUAAAUAAACCUUAAUUUAUACUGAA